AUUCCCUGUGACACAAGUAGUAGGAAGUGAGCUGUUCAGAGGCAGAAGGAUCUAUUCACGGCCGAGGGGGAUCCCAAGUCCCUACCAGAGCCGUUUUAUCCCGGGGAGGCGGGCGAUCGGCACGGCGCGGGAGGCGGCGGGCACCCGGCGAGCGCCCGAGGAGCAGGACUGACUCUAACGCAGUUUGGGGGGGAAAUUGAUGGGAACUAAAACUUGGAAUGCGGCUGGCUUCCCCCCAUCUUGCUGGAUUGGCUGGGCAGCCUGGAAAAUGGUAAAUGAUCAUUUGGAUCAAUUACAGGCUUUUAGCUGUGUUGUCUGUCAUAAUUCAUGAUUCUGGUCUGGGAAAAAGACCAACAGCCUACGUGCCAAAAAAGGGGCAGAGUUUGAUGGAGUUGGGUGUACUUUUAUGUGCCAUUUUCCUCCACACCUAGAGGAAAGCACUUUUGCAGGCAUUCUGUGCAGGGGGAAUCAUGUUUGACUGUAUGGAUGUUCUAGCAGUGAGCCCUGCUCAGAUGCUGGAUUUCUACACUGCGAGUCCGUCUUCCUGCAUGCUCCAGGAGAAGGCUCUCAAAGCAUGCUUCAGUGGAUUGGCACAAACAGAGUGGCAACACCGGCACAGUACUCAAUCCUGUGGUGAGUUCCUGAAAUGGCCAUUACACCAUUCCAGUGGUCUCCUCCGCCGAACUGGCUGGUGGCACAGCAGCACAUCAUAUAGAGCAGUUGAAACUCAGAGCACCAGUUCUGAGGAACUUGUUCCGAGCCCUCCUUCACCACUUCCACCCCCUCGUGUUUACAAGCCCUGUUUUGUCUGUCAAGACAAGUCAUCCGGAUAUCACUAUGGUGUCAGUGCUUGUGAGGGAUGUAAGGGCUUUUUCCGCAGGAGUAUCCAGAAGAACAUGGUUUAUACAUGUCACAGAGAUAAAAACUGUGUUAUCAAUAAAGUUACCAGAAAUCGCUGCCAGUACUGCAGACUACAGAAGUGCUUUGAAGUGGGAAUGUCCAAAGAAUCCGUCAGAAAUGACAGGAACAAAAAGAAGAAGGAACCUUCAAAGCAAGAGUCCACAGAAAACUAUGAAAUGACAGCAGAGUUGGAUGAUCUCACUGAGAAGAUCCGAAAAGCUCACCAGGAAACCUUCCCCUCGCUCUGCCAGCUGGGAAAAUACACUACAAACUCCAGCGCAGAUCAUCGGGUUCGACUGGACCUCGGGCUUUGGGACAAAUUCAGUGAACUUGCAACAAAGUGCAUUAUUAAAAUAGUGGAAUUUGCAAAGCGAUUGCCAGGCUUUACAAGUUUGACCAUUGCAGACCAGAUAACUCUACUUAAAGCAGCCUGCCUGGAUAUACUGAUCCUUAGAAUUUGCACAAGAUACACACCAGAACAAGACACCAUGACCUUUUCAGAUGGCCUUACCCUAAACCGAACUCAGAUGCACAACGCCGGAUUUGGCCCAUUGACUGAUCUCGUGUUCACGUUUGCCAACCAGCUCCUGCCUUUGGAGAUGGAUGAUACAGAAACAGGUCUCCUUAGUGCCAUCUGCUUAAUUUGUGGAGAUCGCCAGGACCUUGAAGAACCAAUGAAAGUGGAUAAGCUUCAGGAACCAUUGCUUGAAGCACUGAAAAUUUAUAUCCGAAAGAGACGACCCAACAAGCCUCAUAUGUUCCCAAAGAUCUUAAUGAAAAUCACAGAUCUUCGUAGCAUCAGUGCAAAAGGUGCAGAACGUGUCAUUACAUUGAAAAUGGAAAUUCCUGGAUCCAUGCCCCCGCUUAUUCAGGAAAUGUUGGAGAACUCUGAAGGACACGAACCACUGACACCAACCUCAAACGGCAAUACUGUGGAACACAGUCCUAGUAUCUCACCUAGUUCAGUGGAUAACAGCAGUGUCAGUCAAUCCCCCAUGGUGCAAUAACACAUUUUCCAGCUACUUCAGACAUUCCUAAUACCUUAUGUACAGGGAUGAAAGGCAAGAAAAACAUUUUUACUGCUGCUUAGUUUCUGGACUUAAUGUAUAUCUAUAUAUGUGUAUAUAUAUAUAGAUAAAAACUCAACAAGGACCAAGAAAUUUUCAUAUGUAUCGAUAUAUACUCCUUGCUGUUUAAACUCUUAAAACUAGAAAAUGCAAACUUUUGAAACUCUAAAUCAGCCAUUUCAUGCAAAAAAUAGUUAAGCUUCUGUUUUCUCCUCUGAACAUUCAAGACUGCAUGGUGACAAGACAGAUCUCAAACUUUAAAUUCUGGUUGCAUUUCUGAUGACUUUGUACAUACAAACGUAUGGCUGUAUUUUCCAUACUGGAUGUUUGGUGCUUUCCUUUUGUCUCAUACCUGAAAUGAUCAAGACACCAACCAUAUGAAAUGGACUACUGUACACAUCCAGAAAAGGAAGUUUAAAGGACCGUCUGAUUUAGUUUAAUAUGAAAACUUGUCUUUGAUGCCCUUGGUUUGCAUCUCCUUCCUUGUAAAAAGUAUACAAAAAUUCACUGCACUAGCAGAAGAGACAUCAGUAUCAGCAUUAACUGCCAGAUCAGUUAUUCAGAUGUCAUUUGUUCCACUGUUAAUGUCACUUUAAAAUUUAAAGAAGUGGUUUCUUACCUGGCUGGUGACCUAGCUACACGAUUAACUACUACAUUUCUACAGUAGUGAUAGCCUCCAAGGCAGAAACACUUUUUAGUGUUACCAUGUUUUUGUUUACCUGUUCACAAGCCAUUAGGGAAACUUUGUGGGAUGAUAACCAGCAGACUCAUCUACAGCUUUUGAAUUGGCAAGUCUAGGGUAUUUCCUUAAGAAUCAACUGCCAGGAAUUAGCUGGGUUAUCCAGCCUUCCAGGUGCUAGGGAAGUACAGCUAGGACUUC